AUGCUUGAUUCUGUUCAUGAUCGUGAUUUACAAAAGUUAAAGGAGAUUGAAUUAUUGACUAAGGAGAAGGAGUGGAACGAAGCCCAUAAAGCAAACACUGAAGAAGAAGAAGAACAGCAAACCCAAAAGGGCAAGGAAAAGAAAAUGACAAAGAAGAGCCAAAGGAAUGGGAAUAUACCCAAUAGUAAUAAUGUGGAUGCUGAUGAAACUGUGAAUUCUCUUUUGUUUAAUCCGGAGAUAAAAUUCAAAGACAACAAAGAGCUAUUAACAAAAUACUCACAUCAAGGUGACAAACUUUUCGACAAGCUACAAAGAUUACGAAUACAACAAGAGAAUAAACAAGAAAAUAAACAAGAAAAUAAACAAGAAAAUAAACAAUCCCAUUUAUCUGCAGAAGGUGCACUGGAAAAUUGGUUCAAAUGGCAAAGUAAAAAAAAGUUGGAUUUAUUCGAUGAUGUUCUUGAUUCCAGCAAAUGGUGUUUGUCCAACUCCCAAUUGAAAAAAUCUAAUGUUCAAACAAAACUGUAUCCCAAUUUCAACGUGUUUGCAUUUCCUGGAAGAUUGACCGAGCCCAAAGCACUUUUGGCUGCAAAAUCGUACCUUUACUCGUUUGCUCCGCUACCCGCCCAGGUAGUCUUUAUGACUGAUAAUGGAUUGUAUGCUGUCGAUAAGAGUUCGAAUUUAGUCUCAGUGACCAAAUUUAUGAGUGAGUUUAACAAAGAUUAUGGAUCAUCGAACGACAUAGAUGUCGAAGGUGAAGCACGCAAUUUUGCCAUGAAAUAUCCUAAAGAUAUACACAAUGUUAUCACCUCCUAUAGUUACCAAGUUCCUGAAUCCAGUUUCCGCUUUGAUGCAGAAGCAACUCUUUUGAAUUUGAAAAGGAAACUGAAAAAGAAGGGAGGUUUGGGCAAAUUGGAAGAGCAGUACAUGUAUUCCUUGGAAUAUUCAAUUGACAUUAUUCAACGGCAAAUUGAGCCAAAAAAGUAUUUUUACGAGGCCAAGGUUCUAAACUCUGAAGAGGGAGACCACUAUGACUGGAGAUUUUUUAAUGGAAUUAUUGCAAAUGCUUUGAAGAAAUCAGAAGUAUUGCAUAACCUCACUAAUGCCUGGUUGACAUUUUCCAGGAAAAAUGGUAUCAACACAUGGAUCGCACAUGGCUCAUUAUUAGCUUGGUACUGGAAUGGUUUAAAUUUUCCUUGGGAUAUCGAUAUCGAUGUACAAAUGCCUGUGGCAGAUUUGCAUCACAUGUGCAAAGAUUUUAAUCAAACAUUAUUGGUGAUUCCGCUGCAGAAUAAAAUGGCUGGAAGGUAUUUCAUCGAUUGCGGUCCUUACAUCACACUACGAGAAAAGGCAAAUGGGAAAAACGCAAUCGAUGCCAGAUUUAUAGAUGCACAUACAGGAAUGUAUGUUGAUAUAACAGCAUUGAGUUUAUCAAAUUCAAAACCGCCGUUGACCAUGUACGACCCUGAUAUAAAUAAUGGGAACGUCGAAAGUAAAAACUGGAUGGAAACAAACACGAUGUUGCAAAUAUAUAAUUGUCGCAACUCUCAUUUUUACAAAUACAAAGAUCUAAUGCCUUUGGUCAAGACGUAUAUGGAAGGCACCAUUGCCUACAUUCCGAAAAAGUUUAAAAAAAUUUUAGAAUCGGAGUAUAAAGGUGGCACUACAAUACUGCGGUUUCAAGAUCACAUUUUUGUUCCAAAAUUGCGUAUAUGGGUUCGUGAAGAGCUUCUCUUUUAUUUUUUACGUGAUAGACAAAGAUGGAUUAAGUACUUCAAGACUGAUACCGCGGAGAAGCGAAAGAAAUACGCAUUUUGGUUUACAGAAACAGAAUUAGAGAAGCUAAACCAAGAUCAGAAUCCAUUUACACCUGCACGCUAUUUGUUUCAACUCAACCAUGACCAGCUUGAAGAAGUUGCCGAUUUGGGAUACGACGAGUUGCAAGAUUUGAUAUUAAGCAAGGAAAUUUUACAGAGCUAUAUAACUUCAAGGGAAUCCACUGCAUUUCAUCUCGAGGAGAUGAUGAAAUUGAUUUAUGGAAAACUGACUUCUAGUAUGCUCGUAAAUGCAAUAGUAUAA